AUGGUGCUGGAGCUGGACAUCUCGACGAAAAAGGAGGAGCUGGAGCAUCUGAACCAAGCCAGCGAGGAGAUCAACACCGUGGAGCUGCAGCUGGAUGAUGCCAGGUCCAGCUAUAGAAGGAUUCUUACUGAUUCGGUCAGGAAGCUUAAUGCUCAUGGUUCCCAGCUUGGUGCCUGCAUUGAGAAGGCGAGGCCGUACUAUGAAGCCCGCAGACUCGCUAAGGAGACCCAACAGGAGACCCAGAAGGCAGCGUUGAGGUACGAGAGGGCCGCGUCCAUGCACACUGCGGCCAGAGAGAUGGUGCACAUGGCCGAGCAGGGCCUCCUUGCUGAUAAGAACACCAUGGACUCAACCUGGCAAGAAAUGCUGAACCAUGCAACUGCCAAGGUGAACGAGGCAGAAGAGGAGCGGCUUUGCAGUGAGCGUGAGCAUCAACAAGUCACUCAGCUCUGCCAGGAUGCUGAAGCUCGAGUCCAGACCCUCCAGAAAGCCCUGAAGAAAGUCAUCCUCAAGUCCAAACCUUACUUUGAGCUCAAGGCUCAGUUUAACCACAUUCUGGAGGAACACAAAGCUAAAGUGGUGCAUCUCGAGGAGCAGGUGUCGAAAGUCAAAACUCGUUAUUUCGUUGCCUUGAGGAACUUGGAGCAGAUCAGUGAGCAGAUUCACGCGCAGAGAGCACAGAGCGUAGUCGCCAAGGUGCGACCAGAGGGGGGGAGGAGCUCCCCCAUAGGGGCUGAAGCCGAGGUCAAAGGUGCCCCGGGGGUCCGUGUCAGUACCUGUGUGGGAGUCAGCGGUGUAGAAAGUGACUGGGCAGACGGUGAGAAGACCAGGCUGUGGGUGGAGAGGCACAGAGAGAGUGGCUGGGGUCAGAGGGAGCAGCUGGACGCCGACUUCACGUCACUCGUCAGCUUGCAGAGUCUCGCCUUCGACCUGGAGAAGUGUGACUCUGAGGAGCACCUGGGCGAUCUGGGUUACGGCGGGAGUGCACGGGGCGAUGAGUGGGACUGUGACAAUAAGAGACCAGUUAGCAGGGAGCUGGUGACUGAGGGGUCCCAGCUGAAGAUGGAAGUGGUUUUUGAAGAGAAGCAGGACAGUUUGGUUAAACAACAUCAGAGAAGUUUCAGUCUAUGAUGGUCAGCAGGAGGAGAACCAGUGGGGCCGAGUCAUCAGAGAGAAACAGCAGAAACGCUUCAGUUUGGACAGAAGGAAUGACUGGAAAGUACAUCUUGCUUUUAUUUUUUAUAAGUCCAGUGAUCAUUUAUCUCAGGGAACAUAAAGAAAAUAA